CCUCCUUUUCCUCUCUCCUCCAUUUUCGAAGAACAUAGUAACCCGUCUGGGCGAGACAAAAGAUUCCCAAAAUCGAGCAUCAUUUAAACUAAUAUAUUUUAAAAUAAUCCAAAAUGGCGAACCCUAGAGUUUUCUUCGACAUCGCUGAAAAUGGAAGCCCGCUCGGCAGAGUUAUUAUGGAGCUGAGAGCUGAUGUAGUCCCCAAGACAGCAGAGAACUUCAGGCAGCUGUGCACAGGGCAGCCUGGCUUCGGCUACAAAGGCUCCACCUUCCACCGUGUCAUCCCUAACUUCAUGUGCCAGGGUGGCGACUUCACAAACCACAACGGAACUGGGGGCAGGUCCAUCUACGGCCACAAAUUUGAGGAUGAGAACUUCUCUCUGAAGCACACGGGGCUCGGCUGCCUGUCCAUGGCCAACGCUGGACCCAACACCAACGGCUCGCAGUUCUUCAUCUGCACAGCAAACACCAGCUGGCUGGAUGGGAAGCACGUGGUCUUCGGUCAGGUCGUGGAGGGCAUUGACAUCAUCAAGAAGGUGGAGGCCUACGGCAGCAACAGCGGCAAAACCAGCAGAAAGAUCGUCAUCGCCGACUGCGGCCAGCUCUAGACGCUGCCUGCCCCCUGUCCCACCCACGCCUCCUGCACACCCUGAUCUUAGUCCCCUUGAAACACUGCUCAAAACGCAACAUUCCUGUCCUGCUUCGACACCCGCUAGUCCAUAUCCCUUACACUGUCCACUGUUUUGACGAGUUGCCUUUUUUUUUUUUUUGGAUCGGUUUUCAUUUUCAUUUGCAAAUAGAAGCCCAUGGGCUGUGAGAUUUGUGUAUCAAAAUCUGAAAAUAAAAAGGGGAACAACGAA